GAUAAAAACAAAGCCGACCUUCGCAGUUGGGAGACGUGCAGUUAGGCGCUGAUGAGAUGGCUAACCGUGUGCGAUGCCUUAGUCGUUUAAGCCAAAACUUUGGAUUUUCAUCAAGUGCAAGAUCUUUGCGCCAGGGCCAGUUAUGGGCAGUCCACAGAAAGUACAGUGUGCUCAAUAAAUUAAUAAACACGCCAAAAUUCCUUGCUGUUCCAAGUGAAACAUCUCAACUGACACAAGCCAGGGCUAUUUUUAUCCAGACCCAGGUCACCCCCAAUCCCAACAGCCUGAAAUUCUUACCAGGAGUCCAGGUGUUAGAGUCUGGAACACUGGACUUCCCCAAUGCCAGGACAGCACAUUCCUCUCCCUUGGUCAAACAGCUGUUCCGUAUAGAUGGGGUGAGGUCUGUAAUGCUUGGCACAGAUUUCAUAAGCAUUACCAAGAUCAACGCUGAGGUACCAUGGAGUAUUUUGAAACCAGAUAUUUUUGCCACCAUCAUGGAUUUCUUUGCCUCUGGGACCCCAGUCAUAACAGGAGAACCACCUGCCGAGGACACAGCUGUGGAUUCUGAAGACAGUGAAACGGUUGCCAUGAUCAAGGAACUCCUGGAUACCAGGAUCAGGCCCACAGUACAAGAAGAUGGAGGGGACAUUGUUUUUGUGGAAUUUGAUGAAAAAAGUGGGGUUGUGAAGCUCAAAAUGCAAGGCUCCUGCACAAGCUGCCCUAGCUCUGUAGUCACUCUGAAACAUGGAGUACAGAAUAUGCUGCAGUUUUAUGUUCCUGAAGUUAAAGAAGUUGUUCAGGUGGAGGAUGAGGUAGAUGAAAUUUCACAAAAAGAAUUUGAUGAGUUUGAAAGGAACAACAUGAACUGGAGGGAUUAAAUAAGGGUGCUAAACAGUGCAGUGCAUUCAUGAUGGCCAAGCAUUGCAAGGGAGUUGGAUGACGUGGCCACUGUAGGCAUUGCUGUGCAUGGGAGGAUUCCCUCUGCACAAUUAAAAUGGCACUAUUUUUUUUUCUUCUUUUUUGAGAUCAAAUUAUGAAACGCCCUAUAAUCGUUUGGUCAAAUUUUGUGUGCCCUUCUGUAGCACUAUUUUAAUGCUUAAUGUUAAUUUUGUUCAUUUACAGCGGUGUUUAAUGAAAAUCAAUACUGAUAGUUCUUGAUGAUUGACAUCUUAUAUUUGGCAAUAUAAAAUGACUAAAUCGGUCUUUUUAUUGAAGAGUGGCAAAGGUUUAUCUGUCAAAACCAUUCUCACAACAUUACAGAAGUAUUUUCUUGUCAUGAAAAUUGGACCAGUUCAUAAACUGUAGUGAUAUUGGCUGACAGUGAUUGUCAUUGUUUUAAUAUUGCACUUUACUAACAUGUUAAGUCAUAUGCCCCCCAAGACAGUAUUUUAAAUAAUUAAUGCUUACCAUUACUCUUUAGCUGACACUGCCUUUGGUGGGUUUUUUAUUUUAUUCAGUCCAUGUCAAGGAUGAAGUAUCAAAUAUAGUUACAUAAAAUUGUGGCAAUAUACAAUUGUUACAACACACAGACUUUUUGAGUGAUGGAAUGAGGAGUCCUGAUGCUGUUAAAAUGCAUUAACUUAAUAAACUCUUCAUGAUGAAACAUGUUCUGUCACAGAUUUCAUUAUUUCAGAUUUGGCCAUAAUGUUUUCUUACACAAAUUGCCAAUUGAAAAACAUAUUGAGGUCAGAUGUAGAUUUAUAUUUGUACGCCUGAUCUGAGUAGGCUAUGCAUAACUGUUUAAACAGUGUAAAAGCAUUGUGCUUGUGGCAAAUGAAGAAAUCAGUUUUGGUCAGUUUUUGUUGAAGGUUACAUGACUGCAUUUUGUGGUUUUAUGCCUAGCAUUUAAAGAAACAAUAAAAGAGAAAGGACA